AGUGUUGGUGUUGUGUGGGAAAUGGCAUUCAAUGGUGUGAAACUGCGGGUGGAGCGGCUGCGUUCCCACCUGCAGCGCCACAGCACCACAACCCAAGAGGUUGUCGAGACCCCAGUUACAGUUGACAGAAUGUUGUGGAUUGAUUUGAUCCUGCGCUCUGUGCGGCUGGUCUUUGAGGCUGUCUCACGUCUCAUCUUUGGGAUUAUGUACCAUGGCGACCCUCACACUACACUACCACCGAUCACUAAUCUCAUACUCCUGGAGUCUGCAACUGCACUAGCGACUAAAAUUAGGACAAAAAAAUUGACAAGUGAAGAAGUGGUGAAGUCCUUUAUAGCACGCAUCAAAGAGAUCAACCCCAUACUCAACUGUGUUGUCGACAACCGCUUCGAUGAGGCAUUAGGAGAUGCCAGAGCUGCCGACAAACUCAUUCGAUCCAACACAGUGGAUGAAAAGACUUUGGCUGAAACUAAACCUUUCCUGGGUGUUCCAUUCACCACUAAAGAUUGCUUUGCUGUAAAAGGUCUGCAUCAAACAGCAGGCUUGUGGAUACGAAGAAAUAUGGUUGCUGAAGAUGACGCUGAUGUUGUACGAGUAAUGAGGGAGGCUGGUGCCAUUCCUCUGUGUGUCACCAAUGUGUCUGAGCUGUGUAUGUGGUGGGAAAGUGCUAACACGGUAUAUGGGCGGACAAACAAUCCAUAUUGCACUUGUAGAAUUGUUGGAGGAUCAUCAGGAGGUGAAGCAUGUCUUCAGUCUGCUUGUGGAGCUCCAAUUGGUAUUGGGUCUGACAUUGGAGGUUCCAUACGGAUGCCAUCCUUUUUCAACGGAAUAUUUGGUCACAAACCUACAUAUGGAAUAGUGAGUAACGUUGGACAGGAGCCAGUAGCUACGGGUGAGGCGAUGGACUUCCUGGUGACUGGGCCUAUGUGUAAAUAUGCCCAGGAUCUGACUCCAAUGCUCAAGAUCCUUGCUGCCAGUAAUUCUCACAUGCUUAAAUUGGAUGAGAAGGUGGAUGUACGAAACCUUCGAUACUUUUACAUUGAAGAUGAUGGUGGGUCUCCUCUGAUAACACCAGUUCAUUCAGAGCUCCGAGCUACACAGAGGAGAAUUGUUGUACACCUUGAGAAGGCAUAUGGUAUUAAAGCUAAAAAGAUCUCACUGAAGAAAUUGAAGUCAGCUUUACCUAUUUAUUUUGCCAAACUUGGGAGUGUAGAAGAAGCCCAUACAUUUUGUCAAGAGUUGGCACUGAAGAAGGGAGAGGUCAACAUUUGGUUCGAGUCUGUUAAGUGGUGUUUUAGACUGUCUAAGCACACACUGCCAGGCCUGCUACUGGGAGUAUUUGAGAAGUUCAACAAUUAUAGUAAACGUUUAGAAAACUUCCCCAAGCUCCUCACCAUGUGUGCUGAUCUCAGGAGUGAGCUCAAGGAACUUCUUGGUGAAGAUGGAGUGUUGUUAUUCCCAAGUCAUCCAACCACAGCACCAUACCACGGUCAGCCACUCUUCAGGGCCUUUAACUUCAUAUACACAGCCAUCAUCAAUGUGCUACUCUUUCCAUCAACACAGUGCCCUCUUGGUUUGGGGUCAAAUGGCUUACCUCUUGGUAUUCAGGUUGUGGCAAAUCACUACCAUGACCACUUGACUUUGGCUGUUGCUGGAGAAUUGGAGAAAGCCUUUGGUGGAUGGGUUUGCCCAUCUGAAGUACCAUAACCUCUCUGGAAGAUUUCCACAAUAAGAUUGCAACAAUGGUCUGCCAGUGUGCAACCCUAUGGUAUUAGGGACACUGGGGUAUUAAACAGCUUUGAACUUACAUAUUGAUGAUUAUAAUAUAGCUGGUUUUACAUGUUAUGAAGUUGAAGAACUAGAUGUCCUCACUGCCAUGUCUCAUUAAAACUUUGCAAAUAGUUAUUAAAGGUAUGCAGAAAAUUGAAUGUUUGUCUGAGUAAUUGCUUAAUGUAUUUCUAUCUUUUUUAGUUUUUCUAAUUAAAGUUUUGUGUUGUCAGGUCUACAACUUCAGUUGGAUUUGUUUUACAGAUUCACCCUUUCAUAUCUAGCAACCUAGUGACCAGGGUCAUAUGAGUUGAUUGAAAUUCUCUUGAAAUAGACGUUUAAUAAUUAAUUAAUGGUACAUUAGAUUAACUACACUUAGCCUAAUAUCCUAUAAUGUUAUGAAUUUCUUUGUUCACAAUUAUGACACACAUCAUAGUGAAUAGACAGUAUAUAAUAAAUAAACAAGUAAUGUGACAAUAAUAUUUAAUAAAUGUUUAGUUAAUGAAAUAACCAAUGAAAAAAUAAAGUUGAAUCUUAGAUUACAUCAGGGUUAUGUUCCUGGGAUCUCCACAUAAGAUGUGAAUUACACGAAAGCGCUUGGGAA